AUGCUCCUGAACAGCUCCACCAGAUCAACGCACCACGCCCUCAGCCAAUUCCUCUCCUCCUUCUUCCCAGCCCGAGCGAAAGACGUCCCCUUCCACUACCACAUCCCUCGCAGUCCAACCUACGAGCCGUCCACAGCCUACACCAUCCACGUAGUCCUGAGUAUCACGCCCACAUCCGGCGUAUACGGGACAUUAAACCGGUACUCGCUCUGUUUCCUCCACAGACCAUUCGGCCUCGACAGGCGGCGGGUUCCCCAAAGCGCGGUGGUGCUCUCGAGCCAUGUUGGGUUCGACGAGGUGCUUACAGUCGGCUGGAACACCGCAUUGGCGACCAGGCUGGGUAUGAGCAUACCGGACUGCGCCUGUGUGCAAGGGUAUAAGGGCGAUCCGGAGAGGAGGAUUGGGAUCGUAGGGCCGGUGGCGGGCGUAUCAUUACCAGUGAUCGUGCAGAGCAUACAGCAGGAGUUUGGUGGAGCAGGCGAGCUGUUCGAGUACGCGGGCGCGGACACUGGGGUCAGGGUUGUUGCCAUCAUGAACGCGUUUCAUCCGGACGAGAUUGAACGCGUCUUGCGGAUUGCGAGGGAACGCGGCUGGUUGCCAGGGUCUGGCUAUGCUCGGGAAGUACUGUACCUCACUGGGCAGCCUCGUAAUUAUGGACUGGAAGCUGCCAAAGCUGCCGGAUUGAACGUAGUAUGUGUGGGACAUCGCGCUGCUGAGGAGUGGGGAAUCAGGUUUCUUGCUGCAAAGCUACGGGAAAAUUUUCCUAUGCUGAAGGUGGAGGAGGUCUACGAAGAGGAAGAGGUGAUAGAAAGACCAGUAAGAAGACUAGCUGCAGCGCCGGUCGGCUCGUGA